AUGUCGGUUGACGGUGUUCGUAUUCUUGCGCCGGUGUUGGGUGAGCAUGCCCGCAUCCUCACGCCUGAGGCUAUCAAGUUCCUGGCGGUGCUGCACCGCAACUUUGAGCCGGUGCGUCAGGAGCGCCUGAAGGCUCGCGCUGCUCGCCAGGUUGAGCUGGACGGUGGUAAGACCCUGGACUUCCUCCCCCAGACCCGCGCUAUCCGUGAGGACCCCUCUUGGCACUGUGCUGUCCCUGCCCCCGGUCUGCGUGACCGUCGUGUUGAGAUCACUGGUCCGGUCGACCGCAAGAUGGUCAUCAACGCCCUGAACUCGGGUGCCUACACCUACAUGGCUGACUUUGAGGACUCGAACUCGCCGACCUGGAACAACAACCUGGAUGGUCAGGUGAACCUGAACGAUGCGAUCAACCGCCGCGUCGACUUCAAGGCCUCGAACGGCAAGGAGUACAAGCUCAAGCCUGCGAAGGAGCUGGCUACCCUCAUUGUCCGUCCCCGUGGCUGGCACCUGAACGAGGAGUCGUUCCUUGUCGAUGGCAAGCCGAUGUCGGGUGGUCUGUUCGACUUUGGUCUCUUCUUCUUCCACAACGCCAAGAAGCUGGUGGAGAUCGGCUAUGGCCCGUACUUCUACCUUCCUAAGAUGGAGUCCCACUUGGAGGCCCGUCUCUGGAACGAUGUGUUCAACCUCGCCCAGGACUACAUUGGCAUGCCCCGUGGCACGAUCCGUGGUACUGUGCUGAUUGAGACCAUCACUGCUGCCUUUGAGAUGGAGGAGAUUCUCUACGAGCUGCGCCAGCACUCGUCGGGUCUCAACUGUGGUCGCUGGGACUACAUCUUCUCGUUCAUCAAGCGCCAGCGCUACAACAAGUCGGCUGUCCUGCCUGACCGUGCUAUGGUCACCAUGACUGCUCCGUUCAUGCAGGCCUACGUGAACCUGCUGAUCCAGACCUGUCACAAGCGUGGUGCUGCUGCCAUUGGUGGUAUGGCUGCUCAGAUCCCGAUCAAGGAUGACCCGAAGGCCAACGACGCUGCCAUGGAGAAGGUGCGCGCCGACAAGCUCCGUGAGGUGCUGGCUGGUCACGACGGUACCUGGGUCGCUCACCCCGCUCUGGUCAAGAUCGCUCUGGAGGUGUUCAACAAGCACAUGCUCGGUCCGAACCAGUACCACAUUCGCCGUGAGGAGGUCAAGGUCACUGCGCUUGACCUGCUGAACCCGAACGUGGCUGGUGACAUUACUGAGGCUGGUGCGCGUGCUAACGUCUCGGCCCUGCUGGCCUACUGCGCCAACUGGGUUAAGGGCAACGGUUGUGUGCCGAUCAACUUCCUUAUGGAGGACGCUGCUACGGCUGAGAUCUCGCGUAUUUCGCUCUGGCAGUGGGUCUACCAUGGUGCGAAGACCAAGGAUGGCAAGGCCAUCACGCCGCAGUUCAUCGACGAGCUCACCAAGAAGGAGGCCGAGAAGCUGACCAAGCUCGACCCGAAGGCGGUGGAGCUCUCGCAGCGCUACCUUGCCCAGCAGGUGCGUGCGAAGGAGCCGAGCGAGUUCCUGACCACCGACCUGACGGCCCACCUCGACAACUCGCAGGGCGCCAAGCUCUAA